UAUUAUUCCUAUUACCACUUUAACCACGCCCCAUCCUUUUCCGCAAUAAUACGAAGUCAGCUUUCCCGAAACGCCAAGGGGCGGUUGCUAAGCGAUCGCAGCUCAUUAGCGGAACGUACAACCUCUUCACUCUGACAGUUCGCGCGACGCUCCGCUAGUCAGCCUUAGUCAAGACCUGCCCUCUGAUUGGUUGACUCUUUGUUCCUUGUUGGACGCCCAAUCGAUGCGCUCAGAUAUGCUUUGUUUUUGUUUCGACGUUCGCUUUCUUCCGUCUGGCGGCCGCCAUUGCCCCGGUUCUCUGCAAUACUCUGGCUUCGUCCCACCGGAUUAUCUUUCAUCUAUUUCCUUUUGUAGCCUCGGCGGUGCUUGUUCAGUCCGGGGCGCGGUCGUUUCUCUCACACUCUGGGAUCCAGCGCGGCCCUGACAGGCCUCAUUCCCACGUACGGGCUGGAGCUCCGGCCUUAUCCAGCUGCUUUAUAGGGAAACUGACACCAUGGACACUGACCUUAGCCCCCAGGACCGGAAGGAUUUGGACAAGUUUGUCAAAUUCUUUGCACUAAAGAGUGUUCAGGUGAUUGUACAAGCUCGACUGGGAGAUAAGAUCUGCACCCGCUCUUCCUCAUCUCCUACAGGCUCAGACUGGUUUAACUUGGCAAUCAAGGAUAUCCCGGAGGUGACCCAUGAAGCAAAGAAAGCUCUGUCAGGGCAGCUGCCUGCAGUGGGACGUUCCAUGUGUGUGGAGAUUUCGCUGAAGACAUCCGAGGGUGAUUCCAUGGAGCUGGAAGUCUGGUGUCUGGAAAUGAAUGAAAAGUGCGACCGGGACAUUAAGGUCUCUUAUACUGUAUAUAACAGAUUGUCGCUGCUGCUGAAGUCAUUACUUGCUGUCACCAGAGUGACCCCGGCUUACAGACUCUCCAGGAAGCAAGGACAUGAAUAUGUCAUUCUGUACAGGAUUUACUUUGGAGACGUUCAACUCCUUGGUCUUAAAGAAGGUUUCCAGGCUGUACGAAUUGGAACGGUUGGAACACCAAUCGGCACGCUGACACUUACCUGUGCCUACAGAACCAACCUGGCUUUUAUGUCAACCAGGCAGUAUGAGUGGACCCAGCCCAUCAUGGGGAUUAUAAUUGAUCACUUUGUUGACCGACCCUUCCCCAGCACCUCACACAUGCAUCCCUGCAACUACAGGGGCGCUGAAGAGCAAGUGCUUACCUACCCUGCCGUGGAGGAGUCUCAAGAAUUCUGUGCAACAUCGUUUUCUACUUCCCCUCCUUCACAGUGUGUGUUCACUGUCAGUAAGGCUCAGUGUCAGACAGUUACUCCUGUGGUGACGGACUCUCUCAGGGUCCUGACGAUGGGACAAGCCUUCUCACAUCAACUCUGCAGCUCUCGUCUCUCCUAUCAACCGGCAGUCCCAGGAGCAGGACCCUCGGAACUGGCUUACCCAGUGGGCUUGGCUACGGGAGUGAGUGCAGCCCACCCGCACCAGAUGAUGGCACCAGGAAAAGAAAGUGGUUUGCCAGCAGAACACGACCGAACCCUUUCUGUGUCUCCCGCCAAUGUAGCAGGGGCAACGUCCAGCAGUGAGGAAGCAGAUUCCCCCUCAGGUAGCAGCGCCACUGGGACAAAAAGUUCGCCCAACAAGAGCCCACAUAUCCUAUUUACAAGGAAGGUGGGAGCUUUUGUUGACAAACCUUCCCCCCAGGUCACCUAUGCCAGUACUGAUAUACCGUUUGCCGUGUUUGUGCCAAAGCUCACAGAUAAUGAGGACACUGACCCUAUGGUUGUCUACCCUGAGACCCCAGAAGAGGAGUCGCCUGAAGCCAGGAGCCUGCACAGUUCCUGUUCUAGCAAUGGGACACCCCAAGAUGAUUUUGUAAUGGUUGACUUUAGACCUGCCUUCUCCAAAGAUGACCUUCCCAUGGAUGUGGGGACCUUCUACCGGGAGUUUCAGAAUCCUCCGCAGCUAAGCAGCUUAUCCAUAGAUAUUGCCGUGCAGUCAAUGGCGGAGGACUUGGACUCUCUGCCAGAGAAACUGGCCAUGCAUGAAAAGAACGUGAAAGAGUUUGAUGCGUUUGUUGAUUCUCUGUAGACAGGGGGACCACGGCCUGUAUAAACUUAUACCCCUCAAUCCAGAUCUGUCUGCUGCUCCCUAUACUGACGGCACACUUGGAUCUGUCCUAUGUGCCCCCCAAACACCUGCCAUUGUUAGAGGACCCAAUGGGGGGUGUCUCUUCUUAUACCAGCCUUUCAGAAGGCUAAAUAGCACCUUACAACACACCAUUACUCUACAGUUGGAUCUGAAGUCAAGGCUUGCCCAUUCUUCCUACAUAAGGAGCAACCAAUGAUGGAGCUGGAUUAGUUGCUCCACCUUGGGUAACUCAGCUCAGCAGCUGGAUGAGAAGCUCACACAGGCCUCAAGCCUCCUCCUGCACCUCACGCAAACUGUUUCUCUGCUGUAAAUAGAACCAUUUGCUCUGAGAUUUUGACAUGAACAUGACAGACGCCCAUCUAUCUACCUGCCUAGAUACGUACCUUACCUGCUGAAUGUACCCACCGUACUGAGAGGAUGAUCACAGUUAAAUUAUCCUGUAAAAAAUAUUCUUCUUACUACGUCACUCCGUAGAAGCCCUCUGAGUCUGUAUAAUGAACCGCUGCUUAUCUCAAAGCCUUAAAAAAAGUCUGCAGCUGGGGGAAGGGAGGGGUUUGUUUAUACAGCGGGCUUAUUAGUGGCCUGAUGAUAAAUACUCAGCAGCUCCUAGGAAACUGAAAAUGAGACUUGCUUUCAGUGUCAGGUUUUCCCUAUUAGGAAAUUUCAAACAACCGAGACAUUUCUUAAUUAAAACAAAACGAAUGCCCCAACCAGGCGCUGUUCGUUAACCAAUGUUAAAAACGUCGCUUUAAGAUUCACUUUACUUUUGAUGUUGAUUUAGUGAUUUUCUGCUGUUUUUGGUUAACUUUUUGUCACACUUGAGACCAGGGUCACUGACCCUACAACUACAGGUUAGGUCCGCUAUCAAACUGAAGGAAUCAUUUACAAAUGUAGUGUAAUGGGCUAAGUGCAAUGUACAGACACAUAAUUGCCAUGAUUUUUUUUUUUUUUUUUUUUUUUAAAUAAUUCAGCGUAAUUAUUUAUAUAGCACAGAUAUAUUCCCCAGCACAUGAAAAGAGAUUAAACGUCAUUCAUAUUAGUCCCUGCCCCAGUGGAGCUUACAAUCUACGGUCCCUAUCACACUAGGAGCAGUUUUAUCAGGAGCCAAUGGAGUGGGGGAGAAAUCUGGAGAGAACAUACAGACUCCUUGCAGAUAUUGCCCUGGCUGGAAUCAAACCUGGGACCCCGGAGCUCCAAAACAACAUUUUCAGAAGAAUCAUCUGGGAGCACAACAUAUUCACAUUCAGUUGUCCACAGCUUUAAACCCGCCCUUCCUCUCCCUCCUCUUCAGGUCCGUUCUCUAACCCUGACACGCUGCAAAGGGGAAGUAUUGCUUGUUUAGAGGCUGAUGGGAGUUGUAGUUGUAGCGAAUCAGCCACAUGCUACAAGUUGGGGUUCAGUAUACACUACCAUAAAAGGAUUUCUCUGCUGCUAAUCGCGCCCCAUUGCAUCUGCUGGGAAGAAAUCUUGGCACUGUUAAUAGAAGAGAUGUAAUUCAGAUGUGUAUUAUAAAAUAAAUAUAUGUCUUUCCAA